AUGUCUCAACUAACAACUCCCGCCGCUUCCAAUCGCGCAGACACCUCACAUGUGCCUUGCAAGUUCUUCAGGCAAGGCGCCUGCCAGGCGGGCAACGCCUGUCCAUUCAGCCAUGACCUGAGCAUGGCGGCGGAAAACGUCUGCAAAUACUUUGCAAAGGGUAAUUGCAAGUUCGGUCCGAAAUGCGCAAACAUCCACGUCCUGCCCGACGGCCGUCGCAUAAACUACGGCAAGAAUGGCGUCACCGUCGCUCCCACGCCCACAAUCAACCUGGGUAGCCGAGUCAAUCCGAACACGUACCACCAGUCUUCCAAUAGCGCCCUGACGAACUCGUUCAUGCGUGGUGUCGACGCACCCGUUUCGCCAUAUGGGGCCCCGAACCCUUACAUGUCGGCCGACGACCGCUAUGCCCAGCAUCAUCUCGGCCGCCAGCCGAGCCUGGAGAACGGCCUGCCCACCAUCGACACCACCUAUUCUUCCAACCCUGCUUCGGUGUAUGGGUCGCCGCGUGAUGACGAAGCGAGCCGUUUUGGUCUCGGCCUCUCGCCCGGAAACGCCAAGGGUCUGUCGGUGCUCGACGCCCCGCUCCCGGCGUCGUUCGACUCUCAGGGAAUCUCCCUCGCCGCGCGCUACGGCCCGUGGCCCUCAUCCGUUCCUUCAAAAUUUGGCCUCGAAUCGCCCUCGGCUUCGCUCAACGCAGCAAAGGACGCGCGAACAUCCGAGACCCUGAAACUCCUGCACACGUCAGCAUUCGGCAGCAACGAUCGUCUUUCGUCGUCUACAUUGACGGCCAACGAGAUGGGCUUCUUCGGCAGCGUCGGCGGUGGUCUCGCUACCGGCAGCAGCCCGCCUGUGCACUUGGGCGAAGAGUACUUUGGCAAACGUGCCAUGCACUCGCAGCGCUUCGCAAAGCCCCGGAUGCUCAGCGCCAGCGCUCCCAAGGUCGACCGCGAUUGGGAGGCCGAGUUCCUGUUCCUGGAGGAGGAUUAUGUCCCUAGCGCUCUCGCAAACGAUGUUCUGACUCCGCAAGAGAAAGCCCGCCGUGGCUCGGUGCGUCUGGACGAGCCGGCAACCGGUGGCGGCAGCGAGGCCGCAUCCUCGUCGCUUCCUAAAUUCGGAAGCCUUGGGACCAGCCCGAGCAGUAGGUGGGGGCCCAUAUUCCAGCGGCAGCGUUCCGAUGACGACAGCGGCUCGGCCGAACCCGGCAUUAUCCCGGGAAAGUCGAUGAAGUACGCGACGUCCGCCUUCGGCCAUGUGGGCAGUCCACUGAGGAACUCGAGCUUGGCCAUCGACGUGGAGAUGAAUGGGGGCUUGAGCAGCCUCACCAAUGGCGCUUCUCAAAGCCGCCGGGCAGGCAACGACUCUUUCUCGGCACUCACCCAGCAGUUGCAGCACACGAGCCUGGGCGAAAAUGGCGAUGUGGUCGGCAAUGGUUCUAGCCCGCGUCUUCACCCCAACUCGGCGCGAUCGACCAGCGGGCUCGGGUACGUCGCAUCCUCUGGCCUAGCAGCGGCGCUCAAACAGGAGCGUGACGGUGGCAGGGAACAUCGUGGCAUGGAGCGUCAUGUGAGCAGCGGCUCUAUCGGGUCGGGUAGGUUCACAACCCCGAUCGACGAGGAGGAUCCGGCCUUUGUCUUCAACAUGGAGGAGGAUGACCCCUCAUCGGGGCAGGGUCAACAGCAGCAGCAGCAGAGUCAGCAGAGCCGAACUAGGAAGCGGAUCUCAGGCGGCCUUGGCGCAAAUGGCUGGAUCUCUUAUGCCGGCAUUGCCGCCGCUGGCGCACGGUCCAGUGCCGUCAACGGGAGCAAGCCGAGGGAAGUCCCCGGGGCUGUCGAGGCUGUUGGUGGCCGAUAA